AUGGAGCUGGAAAAAGCAGCCUACAAUCAACAGCCUGCAACCUACACCAAUAGCCUACAUCCUACAACCAACAACCAACAGCCUACAACCAAUAGCCUACAACCAACAACCAACAGCCUACAACCAACAGCCAACAACCAACAGCCUACAAUCAACAACCAACAGCCUACAAUCAACAGCCAACAACCAACAGCCUACAAUCAACAACCAACAGCCUACAAUCAACAGCCUGCAACCUACACCAAUAGCCUACAAUCUACAUCCAACAACCAACGCCUACAACCAAUAGCCUACAACCAACAACCAACAGCCUACAACCAACAGCCUACAACCAAUAGCCUACAACCAACAACCAACAGCCUACAAUCAACAGCCAACAACCAACAGCCAACAGCCUACAAUCAACAGCCAACAGCCUACAAUCAACAACCAACAGCCUACAAUCAACAGCCAACAGCCUACAACCAACAGCCUGCAACCAACAGCCAACAGCCUAUAACCAACAGCCAACAGCCUACAAUCAACAGCCAACAGCCUACAACCAACAGCCAACAGCCAACAACCAACAGCCAACAGCCUACAACCAACAGCCUCCUACAACCAACAGCCAACAGCCAACAAACAACAGCCAACAACAAACAGCCAACAACCAACAGCCAACAACCAAAGCCAACAGCCAACAAUAAACAGCCAACAACCAACAGCCUACAACCAACAGCCAACAGCCAACAACCAACAGCCAACAACCAACAGCCAACAGCCUACAACCAACAGCCAACAGCCAACAACCAACAGCCAACAGCCAACAACCAACAGCCAACAACCAACAGCCAACAACCAACAGCCAACAAACAACAGCCAACAACAAACAGCCAACAACCAACAGCCUAUAACCAACAACCAACAGCCAACAACAAACAGCCAACAACCAACAGCCUACAACCAACAGCCAACACCAACAACCAACAGCCUACAACAAACAGCCAACAAUUAACAGCCUACAACCAACAGCCAACAAACAACAGCCAACAACAAACAGGCAACAAUCAACAGCCUACAACCAACAACCAACAGCCAACAGCCAACAGCCUACAAUCAACAACCAAAAGCCAACAGCCUACAAUCAACAGCCAACAGCCUACAACCAACAGCCAGCAGCCUACAACCAACAGCCAUCAGCCAACAACUAGUAGCCUGCAACCAACAGCCAACAGCCAACUAACAACAGCCAACAGCCUGCAACCUACAACCAACAGCCAACAACCAACAGCCUACAACCAACAGCUAACAACCAACAGCCAACAACAAACAGCCAACAAUCAACAGCCUACAACCAACAGCCAACAACCAACAGCCAACACCUACAACCAACAGCCAACAAACAACAGCCAACAACAAACAGGCAACAAUCAACAGCCUACAACCAACAGCCAACAACCAACAGCCAACAGCCUACAAUCAACAACCAACAGCCAACAGCCUACAACAAACAGCCAACAGCCUACAAUCAACAGCCUACAACCAACAGCCAACAGCCAACAACCAACAGCCAACAGCCUACAAUCAACAGCCAACAGCCUACAAUCAACAGCCAACAGCCAACAAACAACAGCCAACAGCCUGCAACCUACAACCAACAGCCAACAACCAACAGCCUACAACCAACAGCUAACAACCAACAGCCAACAACAAACAGCCAACAAUCAACAGCCAACAACCAACAGCCAACAGCCAACAACCAACAGCCAACAACAAACAGCCAACAACCAACAGCCUACAACCAACAGCCAACAACCAACAGUCUACAAUCAACAGCCAACAACCAACAGCCAACAACCAACAGCCAACAGCCUACAAUCAACAACCAACAGCCUACAAUCAACAGCCAACAGCCUACAACCAACAGCCAACAGCCUACAGUCAACAGCCAACAGCCUACAAUCAACAGCCAACAACCAACAGCCAACAGCCAACAAAAAACAGCUAACAACCAACAGCCUACAACCAACAGCCAAUAACCAACAGCCUACAAUCAACAGCCAACAACCAACAGCCAACAGCCAACACCCAACAGCCUACAAUCAACAGCCAACAACCAACAGCCAACAGCCUACAACCAACAGCCAACAGCCUACAAUCAACAGCCUACAUCCAACAGCCAACAGCCUACAACCAACAGUCAACAGCCAACAACCAACAGCCAACAGCCUACAAUCAACAGCCAACAGCCAACAGCCUACAAUCAACAGUCAACAGCCAACAACCAACAGCCAACAGCCUACAAUCAACAGCCAACAACCAACAGCCAACAGCCAACAACCAACAGCCAACAACAAACAGCUAACAACCAACAGCCUACAAUCAACAGCCAACAACCAACAGGCAACACCCAACAGCCAACAGCCUACAAUCAACAGCCAACAACCAACAGCCAACAGCCUACAACCAACAGCCAACAGCCUACAAUCAACAGCCAACAACCAACAGCCAACAACCAACAGCCAACAACAAACAGCCAACAACCAACAGCCUACAAUCAACAGCCAACAACCAACAGGCAACACCCAACAGCCAACAGCCUACAAUCAACAGCCAACAGCUAACAGCCUACAACCAACAGUCAACAGCCAACAACCAACAGCCAACAACCAACAGCCUACAACCAACAGCCAACAGCCAACAGCCAACAAGGUGAUUAUCUUAAAAUUGCCUGUUCAGUGA